CUCAAUUAACCUUUUCUUGACAGAAAAUUAAGAACUUAAUGAGAAUUAUAGAAUCCUCUACCAAACACAAUCAUUUCUUAAAUACAUCUCUUUUUAUUCUUCCUUUCAUUAUCUUCUCAAUCCACAUUUUCCACCAAACAUCAAAAUUAAAUUAACCAUAUCAUUUUCCCGGAAAAUUCCCCUGCAAAUUUUCUCUUCAUAGAAAAUUCAUUCUCUUCAACUUCAUCAUGGCUUGUAACCAUAGCCAUGACUCUGUACAAGUAAUUUCUUCAAUGGUGUUAUUGGUGUUAAUGAUGGUGUUGAGUUUAUCUUCACAGACUUGUUACAGUUUUGGCAAAUUCGGAUUGGAUAUCCAUCAUAGAUUCUCCGAUCCAGUUACUCAGAUUCUAGGCAUUGAUGAUGAAUUUUUACCUCAAAAAGGAACUCCUCAAUAUUAUUCUGCAAUGGUUCAUAGAGAUCGCGUUUUUCACGGUCGUCGACUUGCCGUUGAUCACCGUACUCCGGUCACUUUCGCCGCCGGCAAUGAAACUCUUCGAAUUGCUGCAUUUGGAUUUUUGCAUUUUGCCAAUGUUUCCGUUGGGACACCGCCUUUGUGGUUUUUGGUGGCGUUAGAUACCGGGAGUGACUUGUUCUGGUUACCUUGUAAUUGUACCAGUUGCGUGCGUGGCUUAAAGACACAAACUGGGAAGACAAUUGAUCUUAAUAUCUAUGAGCUUGAUAAGUCAUCUACAAGGGAAAAUGUUCCAUGCAAUAGCAACAUGUGUAAACAAACACAAUGCCCUUCAUCUCGUAGUAGUUGUCGCUAUGAAGUUGAGUAUCUUUCAAAUGAUACUUCGUCUUCUGGAUUCUUGAUAGAAGAUGUCUUACACUUGAUUACAGAUAAUGAUCAAACAAAAGAUGUUGACACACAAAUUACUAUUGGUUGUGGCCAAGUUCAGACUGGUGUGUUUCUAAAUGGUGCAGCUCCAAAUGGUUUAUUUGGACUUGGUAUGGAAAAUGUAUCUGUUCCGAGCAUCCUAGCCCAAAAGGGGCUUAUUUCAGAUUCUUUUUCAAUGUGUUUUGGAUCUGAAGGUUCCGGAAGAAUCACAUUUGGUGAUACUGGCAGCUCGGACCAAGGAAAAACACCAUUCAACCUCAGGGAAUUGCAUCCAACCUAUAACAUCACCGUUACACAAAUUGUUGUGGGAGGAAAUGCUUCUGAUCUUGAGUUUCAUGCAAUUUUCGACUCUGGUACCUCGUUCACAUACCUAAAUGACCCAGCUUAUACACUAAUAUCUGAGAAGUUCAAUUCUCUGAUCAAAGCUGUUCGACAUUCACCUCAAUCACCCGAUUCUGAUCUCCCUUUUGAAUAUUGUUAUGACAUAAGUCCAGAUCAGACAAUUGAAGUUCCCUUUUUGAAUCUAACAAUGAAAGGUGGAGACGAUUAUUAUGUCACGGAUCCAAUAGUACCAGUUUCUAGUGAGGUUGAAGGAAAUCUUGUUUGUUUGGGGAUACAAAAAAGUGGCAAUUUGAAUAUCAUUGGACAAAACUUCAUGACUGGUUACCGUAUAGUCUUCGAUCGCGAGAACAUGAAUCUUGGUUGGAAGGAAUCUAACUGUACUGAUGAAGUGCUCUCCAAUACAAUGCCUAUAAACAAAUCUCACCCUCCUGCAAUUUCCCCUGCUAUUGCUGUGAAUCCUGUGGCUAAAUCAGAACCAUCAAGUAAUACUGGCAGACUUUCACCUAGUCAGUCAUUUAGGAUGAAGCCUACUUUUGCAUAUAUGGUGAUCCUUUUUACACUUAUAGCCUUCUUUUAGCAUCUUUCUGUCAUUCUAUUAUGUAUUGUUUAAAUUAAUAGGCUUAUUAAUUUUAUCAUACGAGAAGCAAUAUUGCUUCCUUUUUUGUGUUUUUUUUUUUAUAGUUUUCAUAGCAUUAAUUUGAUCUUGGGUUUGUAAAUAAUAAGUACAUAGCAAUAGCAGAGUUGUAAACUACAGAAAUUCCAUUCUCACAUUAUAUGUUAUACGGCAGUUGGUUGGAA